AUGGGUACGUGUCAAGUGAACGGAGGCGGUGGCGACGGUGGCAACAUGCUGUUCACUAAAAUGCCCAACAAGGAUUUUGUGUCGUGGAACUCCUUGUUUGUGCUUCUGCCAAGAUUAGGGAUGAAAGAUCAGUAUCUUCAUUAUUGUGCAUUGAAGUUAGGUUGUCCACUUGUCCCGGUGGCUUUCGAUUCGUUUUCUGCUUCUUGUUAUGCGGUGAACGGAGACGGAGGCAGUGGCGAUGGUGGCGGCGUAGGUUCUAAUAAUGGUGGUGGUGGUGGUUACUGUGACAUGAGCUACUAUUCUUCGAUGCUGUUCACUAAAAUGCCCAACAAGGAUUUUGUGUCGUGGAACUCCUUGGUUUCUGGGUUUUCGAAAAUAGGCCACUUUGAUAGGUGUAUCAGUUUGAUUUCUAUGAUGAAAUCUAAGUUUGCACUGGAAUUGAAUGAGCUUACACUACUAUUUGUUAUCUCAGUUUGUGCUUCUGCCAAGAUUAGGGAUGAAAGAUCAGUAUCUUCAUUAUUGUGCAUUGAAGUUAGGUAUGCUAGCUGA